AUGUCAUCAUCGUCAUCCGAUGAAGUUGAAGAAAGAUUGGACGAAAUUAUCGACGAUAUCAUAGAUGAAACCUACAUCAACAUUUUGGAAGCCCAACCCUCUAAGCCGAAGAAACGCGCUUAUAUAGAACGAGACCGCAAAAUCGGACACAACCGAUUAUGGAAUGAUUACUUCAGUGAAGAUGUGACAUUUCCGCCGUAUUUAUUCGGACGCCGUUUUCGUAUGAACAAAGAAUUAUUCUUGCGUAUUGUCCAUCGCCUCUCAGAACACGUUCCAUUCUUUCAACAAAGAAGAGAUGCAACGGGGAGGUUUGGUCUUUCACCACUACAAAAAUGUACAGCCGCCAUUCGUCUCCUUGCUUAUGGUUCUGCAGCUGACGCGGUUGAUGAAUAUCUCAGAGUUGGUGAAAGCACGGAAAUUUCGUGUUUAAAGCAUUUUAAUGAAGGAAUAAUUCAGUUAUUUGGUAAUGAGUAUCUACGAAGACCGACAGAAGAGGAUCUUCAGCGACUACUCCAUAUUGGAGAGAUACGCGGGUUUCCGGGGAUGGUAGGAAGCAUCGACUGUAUGCAUUGGAGGUGGAAAAAUUGCCCAACGGCUUGGAAAGGACAGUACACCCGGGGAUCAACAAAACCGUCAAUUGUGUUAGAGGCAGUAGCUUCACAAGAUCUUUGGAUAUGGCACGCUUUCUUCGGUCUACCAGGUCGGGCUCCGAGGGUAGAGUACGUGGUCAACGGACACAUGUAUAAUUUGGCGUACUACCUCACGGACGCUCUUUCAUGGGACCAGCAACAGAUAGGGAAGACAAUGAGAGCAUGUAUCAUACUGCACAAUAUGAUAGUCGAAAAUGAACGAGAUGGAUACGACACUCAGUACGAUCCAUCUGAAUUUGAAGAAGAAGAUGUAGCCAGCAGUUCACGGGUGCAUAAGUCUCAUGGUACCGACAUCCCUCCAAGCAUCAAUGAAAUGCGUGCCACUCGGGUUCAGAUUCGCGAGCCGGAAAUACAUCACCAAUUGCAGAAUGAUUUAAUUGAGAAUAUUUGGAACAAAUUUGGGGAUGAAAAUUAA